AUGUCAUCUACACAAUAUGUCAUCUACCAUCUACGUAAAGUUCUAAGUCUGAUUAAUGGGUCAAUCACCACAGUUCCAAUGAACGCUUUCCAUUCCUCAACUGUGCAUGUACCCCCGUACUCCAUAGAUGGUCUUUGGACGAAUACCGGUACAUGUAUGCAUGUGCCUCUCCGCUCAUAA